AUGCCUCGAGGAUUCCUGGUGAAGAGGACCCGGCGAUGUUCGGCGUCGUACCGAGCGCGGAGCGGCGCUCGACUUGCCACGCGUGACGCUGACAAGAAGCACCGCGGGGAGGCUGAGGUGAGCGAGCGCGAGCCCGUCAAGGAGAGCGACGUGUGGGGCGUCCCGAGCCCCGACGUCGCGCCCCCGCCGGCGCCCCGCGAGGACGCCGUCGGCGUCGCCGAGGCGUGGAACCUUCAAGUGGAGUCCGCGCAAGAGGCGGAGGCGGACCGACGCGCGCAGUUGCCGGACUCCGACGUGGACGUCGUGACUCCCGCGGGGGACCUCUCGUGCCUCUUCCCGCCUCCGCCUCCGCCUCGGGUCUCGGCGGCCCACAGCUCCAGACUUGUGGGGCUGCACGGCGAGGGGGAGAAGACGGCGUUAUUUCCCGAGACCUGCUUGUCCCCGUCCCCGGAGACCGAGUUGCCGUUUUUGCCGACGUCCGUGCGAGUAGCGUCGGCCGACGCGCACUUUUCUUCUUACGGUCCCAAUCCGAAAUACCAAGCCGACGUGGGGCACUUGUUCCCGGCGCUAAUUAGCCACGAACACCGCGCGGCCGCGAGAAAACGCUCGCACCCGGAGUCGGGCAGGCACAACAGAGCCAAAGCCAAAGUGACCCGGAAGCUGACUUUCGAGGACGAGGUCACCACCUCUCCGGUUUUAGGUCUGCGCAUCAAGAAGGAGAGCCCGGAGACGGCGAGGCGGCAACACCGCGACAAGUCGUCCGGAAGUCAGCCGCUGGGGGAGUUCAUCUGCCAGCUGUGUAAGGAGGAGUACGCCGACCCCCUCUCCCUGGCCCAGCACAAGUGCUCCCGUAUCGUGCGCGUCGAGUACCGCUGCCCCGAGUGCGACAAAGUCUUCAGCUGUCCCGCCAAUCUCGCCUCGCACCGCCGCUGGCACAAGCCGCGUCCGGCGGCGGGGGCGGCGGCGGCGGUGACGGCGGCGGCGGCGAGUCAGCUGCGAGCGGACGGGAAGGAGAACGAGUUGCUGACCCCCGACUCCUCCUCGCCUCAUUACCCGCACGACAGCCCCCCGCCGCCGGGUCUGCAUCUGUUCCACGGCAACUCGUACGAGCCUCGACCGUUCGUCCAAGUGGAAGAAGAGGGAGCGGAGGUGUACGACUGCCGCUACUGCGGCAAGACGUUCCGCCGACAAGCUUACCUGAAGAAGCACAUGGCGGCGCACGAAAUGGCAGCGGGGCCGCCGCCGCCGCCGCCACCCACUUCGAGCCGCCACGUCGUGUUCGUGUGUCACCUGUGCGGCGCCCGCUUCCCGUCGGCCGAUAUACGGGACAAGCACCGAGUGUGGCACGCCGUGAGGGACGAGCUCCUGCAAGGCGGUGGCGGCGGAGGAGGCCUCGGGUUCAGGGCGGAGGGAUACGCGGUGGGCAGGGAGUGCGAGCAGCAACUGCUAACGUGCAAACACUGCCCGGCCACCUUCCUCAGUUCUCCGGGGCUGGCGAGGCACACGAACAAGUCUCAUCCCGGAGAGAACAUGCGCGUCAUCAUGCACAUGGCCGUCACACACUGACACCAGAGCGACUCUCACUCACCCGUCACCGGACGCAACAUUAG